AUGGAAACCAUCGAAGGUACUCAGGAGUGUCCCAGCGGCACGGUCAACGAGGAGACAUUCAAAUACAUCUACUCGCGCUUCUUCCCCCAAGGAGACUCGAACGCGUACGCGCACCACAUCUUCAACACCUUCGACACAGACCACACGGGCACCAUCAAUUUCGAGGAAUUUGUGACGGCUUUAUCGGCGCUGAGCCGGGGCGACAUUUACGACAAACUGCGCUGGGCGUUCUCGCUGUACGACGUCAACGGAGACGGCUACAUCACCAAGGAGGAGAUGCUGGACGUGGUGGGCUCCGUCUACAUGCUGGUGGGACGCCACUCGGGCUCCAUCACUGAGGACGCCGCCACUAAACAGCACGUGGAUAGAAUCUUCCAGAAAAUGGACAUCAACGGAGAUGGUGUCGUAACUAUGGAGGAAUUCGUGGAACUGUGCAGUAAUGAUGAGACGAUCGCGGCCUCUCUGAACCUGUUGGACACGUGUUUCUGAGCCGUAUGUCUCCCGGAGUCUCUCUGCGUCUCUCUGCGUCUCCGUACGUCUCCCGUCAGCCAUCACAGAGACAAGAAACAAGGCCGGAAGCCGGCAGCUGGACGCAUCAGUAUCAUGUCUUGGGACGGAGCUUCGAGAACUAUGUCGCUGCAAUGUAUGUACCAUAUAAAUGUAUAUCGCUGAAAUGUGUCAUCACAAUGUUCGCUGAAGUGUUGACUGCAAUGUGCUGCUGCAAAGCGCUGAGCUGUGCUGCAGGAAGUUUCAGAUGUAUGUACAUUCCUACCUAAUGUGUGCGCGAGUUAUUCGUACAUAUAUGUUAUACGCCAUUAAAACAUUGUCCGAUCUCCCAGACUGAUGCCAGUCCUCGUUACCCGGAAUCACAACUCGUGUGGUGAUCGCCCCACCACCACAAAAGGUCUCAACGUUGUGGGAAGCUGAUUGCUGCUACGGCUUGUAGCGAUGUUCCGCGCAUAUCUGCGGUUUAUAGCUGUCCGAUUCGGCGUCAGACCUCGCUGCAGCUGCCGGUCACGUAGCUGGCUUCUGAAGGCGCUGGUGUCGCUGUGGAUCUCUGAUGAAGCCGGCCGUUUUGUGCAGCUGUGGCGAGCUCGCAGCUGACAGCUAACCGAUGCUAUUAUUUCAUCAAUCCUUUACCACACAUAAGUUGGGUAUUGGAGGAAAGAGGCGAGCAUUUCACUUCAGCUAUGGCGCUAGUCGUUUUAACCCGUUGGUGAAACAUUCCGUUGCCAGAAAUAUGUGAUUGUCGGGAGGGAAAUCGUCGUCAAGUGGCAAUUCUUCCUUCCAUUGGCAGUGCUUUAUUUGGCGGUGGACAGAAAUAUAUGAUGUGCAGUAGUGCUUACGACGCUGAAGCCACAAACAUGUCGUACCCGAAGGCUUUGUCCGCAUGUGUGAUAUAUGUUGGUUAUGUUAUCGUUCAAAACUUUAUCUGACAAGGCUGGCAGUGUCUCGACCGGUAAGUAAGUGGCGCUUUAUUUGGUCGUAAGCUCUCGCGAAAAGAGACUCGUGCUACAGGCCAACUAGCGGCUAUUGUAUUCGUCGCCGUCCGUUCGCGUUGUAAGACAGCCAGGGAUAUAACUGUGAGAUCAUAUGAGAUGAACUGUGAGAGUUAAAAGAGUGUUAAGGAUUAUUUUAGAAAAGUGUGGAAUUGCCUGUUACAGCUUAUGAAGUUAUGACAGUGAGAGCUCCUGAGAUAAUCCUGCGAGAACGCGAGAAGAGCGCUUGACUUCCUGUAAAAGAAUCUGGGACUGCUUCUAGUCAUGAGAACGUGUGGGCCACCAGCAAAAAUUAAUGAGGCUGCAUGCGAGAACUUAUGGCGUGCCUGUAAGAGCGUUGACUGCCUGUGAGAGCCCCGUGAGCCUGUCCGUGAGAGAGUGAGCAGCGCGCUCCGCUUUAGUGGUGGCCGGGCGCCGGUUUGUUGUGUCGGUAUGAGCACUCCGCGCACACCGCAGGUCACGUCACGGCCGCCCCACACUCACACAUACACACCCACUGUCAAAACCAUGUGUUUGUGUCAUGUUUAUCUGUGAAAUAUACAAUUUGUGUCAUGA